CAGGGUGUCCGCGGGAUCUUAAAAAGUAUUAAAAGUUGAUGAAUCCAUUUUGGGAAAAUUAAGGCCCUUAAAAGGUAUUAAAAAGUCUUAAUCACGAUUUUAUGAGGUAUUAAAUUUUGUUCAAGCUUUGUCAAAAGAGUUUGACUCCAAAAAGUAUUCAUGAAUAUAUUUAUUUUCAUCCCCAUAAUAACUAUUAAAAAACAACGGCAUGCUCGGUCAGAGAUUGGCUCAGGGUGCGCGCGCCGUCUACGGGUGACGUCACGUAUUUUGCGAAAUGCGCGGUUAGGUGAUGUCUGAUGUGUCGCCCUCCACACGUCGUGAAACAGACUCCGAAAUGGGGAAAUGUAAAUUUGCGGACUCCUGGUUGGAGAAGGAUGAAUUUAAACAAUGGCUGAAGCCUGUAGCUGAAAACAACCGUGAGGCUUACUGUACAUAUUGUAAAAAGAAGAUCAACGCUGUCAAGUCCCACAUGUACGGUGCUAGCCACAAGGCCGCCGUUGGCCGCAGAUAGCAGUCGCAGCUGUCCAUCGCCAGUUUCUGUGCUCCAACAGCGACACCAAUACCUAACACGACAGCUGAACUUGUCAAAACAGCUACGACAGCGACCUCUGCCCCAUCAUCGGCCGACAUCAGGGUGGCUAUGGGCGGCACAUCGACAAUGCACACGGAGGUUAUCUGGUGUCUCAAUACUGCAGUGAAAAAUACUGUCUGGAACACUGAAGAUGGAAUCUGAAAUGGUAUGUUGAUGACUUCUUUGUUUCUUUAUGUGAGUGAAGUUAUUAGCCAUGUCUGCAAAGCAGAAAUACAACACACUCUGGAAAAGAGUGAAAAGAGAUCAGGAGAAAUCUCAUGUAGAGGACAUAGAGAUACAAACGAGCUCUACUAGUCUGGAGCUCUUUAGUGAGCCCCUUCAGCAAACACAGCCCAUUGAGGGAACACAGAGUGAAUCUGAGAGUGAUGUUGAAAUGCAGGGGGCUCAUGCAAAUUAUGAUUCAAAUUCUGAUGAUGCAGACUUAGAUGACACACCAUCUUUAGGAGUUAGACUUGCACAGUGGGCCAAUGAAUUUCAGGUCAAACAUAAUGCAGUGGAUGGCCUUCUUAAAAUUCUUGGUGAACAUCACCCAGCGCUCCCAAAAACCGCAAGGACGUUGCUUGGAACAUGUGAAAAUGUGACCUUAGACACAAAAUCUGGGAUGCAGUACUACUACUUUGGAUGUAAAGAACAGCUGUGUGGGUAUUUAAAAAUUUACCCCAGCGAUGUUGUCACCCAGUUAGACUGUCUGGACAUUUCUUUGAAUAUUGAUGGUUUACCACUAUUCAAAAGUAGCAAUCAGUCACUGUGGCCAGUUUUGUGCAAAAUCAAUUUGGCUCCUUCCACUGUCUUUCCUCUUGCUCUCUGUUUUGGUGCGUCUAAGCCUACAAAUCUCGAUUUUUUUGACAGAUGUAGCGCAUGACCUCAGGGAUAUUUUGCUGGAUGGGUUAGAGACUGACAGUGGUCUUUUACGAGUUCAUCUGCGCUGUAUCAGUUGUGAUGCACCUGCAAAGGCACUUGUUAAAUGCACAAAGCAAUAUUCAGGCUAUUUUGGUUGUGAUAAGUGCACACAGAAAGGCUUCUGGGAUGGCAGGCGGGUUAUAUACCCAGAGACAACUAAUCUUACUCUGAGAACAGAUGUGUCUUUCCGCGAGCAGCUUCAGGAGGAGCACCACCGAUCAUCUGGGGUGUCUCCAUUUUGCAUGCUCCCAUUAGACAUGAUUUAGCAAUUUCCUGCAGAUUACAUGCAUCAGUGCUGUCUUGGAGUGAUGCGAAAACUGAUUGUUUUGUGGUUGCGUGGAAAUCUUAGAACCAGAUUAUCUUCUGGCCAAGUAAGGGAGAUCAGUUCCAGGCUUCUUGGUUUGAGACCAUUCAUGCCAGACCUUUUUGCAAGGAAGCCACGUGGCCUAGAAGACAUUGACCGGUGGAAAGCUACUGAACUGCGACAGUUUGCGCUUUACACAGGCAAAAUUGUGCUGAAAGGUGUUCUCUCUGAUGAACUCUAUGAACAUUUUAUGCUGUUCACUGUGGCUUUGGCCAUCCUAGUGUGCCCACAACUAGUGAAACAGUACACCUCUUUUGCAUCAGAUCUGUUGGUUCACUUUGUAGAGGAAGGCAGAAAGUUGUAUGGGGAUGAGUUCCUUGUGUACAAUGUGCACUCUAUGGUUCACCUUGCUUCUGAUGCACAUGCAUACGGUGGGCUAGAUGAGUGUAGUGCUUUUCCCUUUGAAAAUUACCUGCACCAGCUGAAGAGGCUAGUACGCUCAGGUAGAAACCCUCUGUCACAAAUUAUAAGACGUCUUGGUGAAAUUGACAAGCACAGAGAGGAACUGAAUAACAAGCCUGCAGCUGUGUUGAAAACACAAAAACCAAACAAUGUCUUUGUUCUCAGUGACUUACAGUGUUGUGAGGUCGUUUCUGUGGUAGAUGCUACAGGGAAAGUGGAUAGAAUGGUGCUUUGUCGUGUUUAUGACAACCCUGAGCCGCUAUUCAUGCAGCCUUGUGACUCCAGGUUAAUUGGUGCUUAUAAGGCCCAAGUGAGGCACACCAGAAUGAAACAAUUGUCUCAAAGGCUAUUGGUCAGAAAGGCAUUUUUAAUUGCUGACUACUUUAACGAUGUCUUUAAUACCUUUCUGGACUUUGAAUGAUGGUAAAUACAUUGCUUUCUAUGGAGGAUUAAAAAAAACUUGGAUUUCAUCAAAAAUAUUCAUUUGUGUUGUGAAGAUGAAAAAAGAACUGACAGGGUUGGAAUGACACAAGGGUGAGUAAUUACUGACAAAUUUCAUUUUUUGGUGAAUUAACCCUUUAAGCAGUGUUGUUUUGCAGUUUUCACCAUGGUCACCAUAUUAGUGCAUGAGAGAUAUUUAAGACCAAUAGCAAGGUUGGUAUGUUUAGCUAAUAAUAACCAAACAAAGAUAUGGUUUAGGUUUGUAGUGGAAAAAAACAACCUGACUCAAAGUGGAGACUGGUUGCUUUGUGUUAGGGGAUGCUAUGCCUCCAUAUUGUGUCAAAAUCACAUCUUGGUUUUGAUUGGACUAGGUUUUCUCUUACUGUUUUUGGUCUGUUGCUCAAGCAAAACUGUCAUGUGGCUUCAGAAGAUUUGGGAUAGUGUACACUUUAAUGGAGUAUUUUAUGGUAUUUUUUUUCCUCUUCUCCCCACCUUAUUUUGUGGCUGAAAGCAGUCAGGAGUAUUCUUCAAAUUAUCUAUUUAUAUAUAACAUAGAAGAAGGUCAUGAAGCAUGAGGGAUCUUAAAUGAUGAUAAUGUUUUUCAAAAAUGUUUUGAUUUUGUAAUUACUUAAUUGGUAAAUGAUGAAUUGCGGAAAUAUGGUUUGUAAACUGUCAAGGGGACAGAAUGCGAGGACUUGUCUGUAUAACAGAAUGUUAACCGAAGUUAAUGUUAAGAGUGGAACAUAGGUAGUAUGCUAUAAGGAACUAGGGCCAUUGAGCUAAAUACUUAUGUAUAUAUUUGUGUGUUUAUGUGCAGUAUCUGAGUUAUCGAGGGUUUGGAGCCAAAGGGGUUUGAAGUGCAGAAUCAGAUCACUUCAAUUGCGCUCAUGCCCCUUUUGCUCCAAACCCUCAGUAUGGUUUCUCUUUCAGAGAUAUGCAGUGAUUAAGUUCCCCCAGGACAACACAGUUGAUGUAGUGCCUUCCAACUGGCUUGAAGUAACAAAAGAGGCUAUAUAUUGCUACUGGCCAAGAAAAAACUUUACUGCCAAAGCAAAGAGAAGAGACACUCCAGAUACUACCUUCUGGUCAAAACAUGUUGCAGUGGUUAUGGUGUAUGCAGAUAGCUAUGAGGAAGCCAGACUGAAGGCCAACCAGGCCACAGUGACAUCAAACCUGGAGAGCGAUGAGGAACCUUCACGGAGACCAGUACGACCUCCAGCUAGAUAUAGGAGACAGCUGGAUAGUGGUGAUGAUGAAGACUCCCCACCACCACCAAAGACACGCAUUUUAAGCACACCUAAAUUUACCCCAAGAAAAGAAUAUUUUGGAGAAAGGUGUCAUCUAAGUGUACAAGAACCAGAAACUGCCAUGUCUGACAGGGAAACUCAACAUGAAGCUGAUGUGACUAAAGAUGUUCCUGCAUCAGCCGGGGAAACCAAUUUGUACAACACUGAGCUGAAGAAAGUUGAACGAGCCAUAAUCGUUCGUCUCGACAAAAUGGACCAGAGGAUGUCGGCCAUUGAAACUCUUCUAAGAAGUGUUGCUCAGCCGAGCGACAUUUCUGAGUUUCUCAUUAAACCUUGCCAGAGAGCCUGCAGGAACUGGAAGAUUUGUGCUCAAAGUUGAAAGUUGAAAAAUUGGAAUAUCGCAUAAACGUUUGCAAAUAAAGCACCUUUCCAUCCCAUUUGUUCAAGAGAACAAAAUCAUCUCUUCCUGGGAAGUUGCUCAUGAAACAGACGAAACGCAAUAAACGCUGUCAAAGACACUGAAUACAGGAAAAAAACUAGGCUUGUCAAAGGAUGCAUCCGAAGAUGCCAGUUAAGGUGUUUGAGGAAUGCAUCGCAGAAACACUCAAGUAUGCUCCUCAUCGUGAUUCAAGAACGGAGCAUGAAGAGACUGGAGCUUCUAUUCUGGCAUCCACCCCCACACACACUCCUGUUCACACUGAUUAAGCUUACAAGCUUAAAUGUUUUUAAAUGAGUAUUUGUUUCUAUUGUUUCUCUAAUUUGAAAUGUUGUUAUAUUUUCAACUUUUUUAAGUGCAGUUACAGUUGGUUGUGUAUGAUUUUAAUAAAAAAAAAUAAUAAUGAAUAAAUGAAUGGUUCAGGGACAUUAUUCUAACCAUAACAUAACAUUUUAACAUACAUUUUUACGUUCUUGAAAUGUUCCAGAUAAACUUUGAGUGUUGUAUUGUUAAUAAAAUUUAGUUGGAAAGAAUGUUGCAGGAACAUUAUGCUAACCUUAAAAUAAUGUUUUGCUAACAUUUAAAAAAACUGGACAUUUUAACGUUCAUGGAACGUUACAAAUAAAUGUUCUGGGAACGUAUUGAUGGUAAAAUUUAGGUGGAAAGAACGUUGCAGGAAUGUUAUGCUAACCUUAAAAUAACGUUUUGCUAACAUUAAAAAAACUGGACAUUUUAACGUUCUUGGAACGUUACAAAUAAACGUUAUGAGAACGUUGUAUUGAUGGUAAAAUUUAGGUGGAAAGAACGUUGCAGGAACGUUUUGCUAACCUUAAAAUAACGUUUUGCUAACAUUUAAAAAAACUGGACAUUUUAAUGUUCUUGGAACGUUAUAAAUAAACGUUCUUGGAACGUUACAAAUAAACCUUGGAACAUUACAAAUAAACGUUCUUGGAACGUUGUAUUGAUGGUAAAAUUUUAGGUGGAAAGAACGUUGCAGGAAUGUUAUACUAAUCUUAAGAUAACGUUCCAGCAACGUUAAGCAAACUGGACAUUUCCACGUUUGUAGAACAUUUCAAAUAACGUUCCCACAACCAAAACAGAACGUUAGGAAAACGUUCUCGGAACAUAACUUUGUUUGCUGGGGAGCUGCUUUAUAGUUGUAAUAAUAAAAUAUGACUUAUGCACAGAGUUAACUUUUCUGUAUUUUUCCCUCUCAACAAUGUAAUUUUUCACCCGUUGUGACUUACAGUCAGCUGUGAUUUAUUUUCUGGAAAAUACUGUUACUGUUUCCAUGACAACUCAAAAUUCUGCUUUCUGCUCAGACCUGUACAUAUUUGAACAUUUCAUCAUAUUUAUCUUGCUAUAUAAGUAAACACUGACAUUGUAUAUUGAUUUUCUUAUAAAUAAGUGUCUCAAUCUAGUUUCACUACAGCAGGAAACUCACUAAAUAAUGG